GAGCGCUGGGUACCGGGCCGGGGGAGCCGCGGGCUUUCGGGGAAGAGACGGAUGAUGAACAAGCUUUACAUCGGGAACCUGAGCCCCGCCGUCACCGCCGACGACCUCCGGCAGCUCUUCGGGGACAGGAAGCUGCCCCUGGCGGGACAGGUCCUGCUCAAGUCCGGCUACGCUUUCGUGGACUACCCCGACCAGAACUGGGCCAUCCGCGCCAUCGAGACCCUCUCCGGUAAAGUGGAAUUGCAUGGGAAAAUCAUGGAAGUUGAUUACUCAGUCUCUAAAAAGCUCAGGAAGGUGUUCUCCCUAUGUUAACUAUCGGGUUGAUAAAAAUCAUCAUUGGGCAGGAAAAGAGCACCCUUAGGAAGAUACCAGUCUGAAUGGUUGACCACCAGGUGAUGGCGAACACAAGCUGGCGUCAACUGGUUGCAUGGAUAACUGUGCUGCCCCUUGCCCACGCCCCUCCACUCCCUUGUAACUGGAUAAGUACCCCUUCCUGCUGCCAAAGGGCAGGUGUUCUCCUCCAUUUGU